AAUUCUUCUCCCCAUCGGGGUCUCUCCUCCUUUUAUCUUAAAAAAAACACACCUUUCUCUCCUCCUCCUUUUCUCUCUUCUUCCUUUUUCUCGUUCGGAAAGAAGAGAGAUUGGGAGAAAGAGAGGGGCGAUCUGACAUCCUUGUCGUAAUUUGAGACCGCGGCUGGCUGGGCUUUCGAUUCUUGCUAAGGAGGAAACAAGGAUGGCGGAGGAGCAGAGAUGGCAGGAGGGGCACUGCCUAUGCGCCAACAACUGUGGCUUCUUCGGCAGCCCCGCCACCCUCAACCUCUGCUCCAAAUGCUACCGCGAUUUCCGCCUCAAGGAGGACCAGGCCGCCUCUGCCAUGAUCGCCGUCGAGAAGUCCCUCUCCGCCACCGUGGCGGUCCCUCCUUCUCCUGCGGUAGCCUUAGUGGCCGCGGAGCCCGUCGUCGGAACGCUAGCAGAGCAGGCGGCGCCACCGCUUCAGCAGCAGCAGGAACGACGGUCGAACAGGUGCGGGGCGUGCCGGAAGAGGGUGGGGCUUACGGGGUUCCGGUGCCGGUGCGGGGCGACCUACUGCGGCGCCCACAGGUAUCCGGAGCUGCAUGGGUGCAGCUUCGACUACAUGGCCGUGGGUCGUGAGGCCAUCGCCCGAGCCAACCCCGUCGUCAAGGCCGACAAGCUUCACCGGAUCUGAAGACGGCGCCGCGAAUCCAUCACUUUACGCUUGUUUUGGCGGUGUCGGUGCUUUUUAUUUCUUCGUUUCGUUUCUCUCUUUUUCUUUUGUUAAUUUAUUUUUUAUUUUUAUUAUAAAAAUAUUUUGUCAAGAUAAAGCCAGGAUGAGAGUUUAUCGGAUUGUCUAGAUCUCUUUUUGUAUCUGAAACUAUCUAAAUAUGAAUAAAAAUUUGAGCACCCGAUUAGUUUAAAAAAAAAAAAA